CUUCUCCUCCAGAGCGGCGGCCAGUUCCUCAUUCUUCUCCAGCAGAGCCUGUCCAAGCUCUGCCGCCAGAAUCAAGUCCGUCUCGAUGUCUCCCCUGCUAUCGAUUCCCCUGUGAUCUGAAGUCGAUGUCGGAAGGGCGAAGGAGAGCGAGAUGGAGGAGGACGACGAGAGGGGGAAAAAGGAGUCCUCCAAGCUGGGGGAAGGGACGCUGUUCUUUCUCGGGCUGAGCAUGAUAUCAAGUUUGUGGGCGUCAGUCGGAGAACAUUGUCCUAGGAAUGACAGGUAGGUGGGCAAACCCGAAAAAGUCCUUCUCAGGAAUGAUUUGUUUGUAAUCCAGUUAAGUCCACUGUAAACCAGAGGGUGUUAUUCACGUUUCCUGUCCUGCAAGGAACAUAAACACAACCCAACUAUAAAUGCAGGGCAGAAGAUAUCAUGAAGGUUCCCUCUGGCUGUUUUCUAGUCACCCAAUCUCUAUACUCUUUUGUCUGAGAGUCUCUUUUGUUAUCUUUUGACCGAAAUUCCAGAUCGGCUAUAAUGUAGUCAUUGUUUUGAUCCACUCACUGAAUUCCAAUGUUUCCGCCUGACACGUCACUAGUAAAGGUCAACAAAAGGUUCCACAAAAUAAACUUUUAAUCAGUUCCCGAUGAUCUGAUUGAGAAGUUUCCAUCAGCAUUGCCUUUUAACGAUAUACUUUCAGAUAACAAAGCGGGAAUUUGCAAUCGCUAGCCACAGUUUUGAGAUAAUCCAACGUGAGUGUUAGAGUGUAGGAAUGAGAAGUUUGGCAAAAUUUGCAAUGGAAAGCAAAGAAAAUAUUUGGAUGAAGCACUAAAUAUGAUAUGUAUAGAAACAAGUCAGUUAAAACUGAGCAAAUUUCUUGCUAUAUUUUAAGAGAUCGUGUUUAAUUUUCCCUAAUUCCAACCAGAUUUGAACCACAAUAUUCCUUAUUAUUGUCAUAUUUUGUAUAGUAGUUUAAUAAAAAAUCUGGUGUCAAUCACAUUAUGCAUCAAUUUAACUUAGAAAGCAGAAAAUCAGCCUUACCUGAACGUGCUCACGGGCAACUCACGCCAAAGAAUAAUAGUCUUCCUGUUUGGGGAGUGUGUGUUUGCACAGGAGAGGCUGUGCUGGUUCCCUUGGCAGUGCAGUACACCGUAUGUAAAUACAGGUAGAAGCUCCACCUCUUGAGGUUUUGCACUGAUAAAGAGAAUGAAGGAGAAAGCAGUAAAAGAUGCUCUGGAAUUCUGACACCUAGCGGCUGAACAAGGAAGGACAAAACCCAGGAAAGGCCUCAAGAGAUGAAUACUCACUCUAGUGUGAGCACCCUGGUCCAGUUUGGCAGUGAACGGGCGGGUGGAGGUCAGAAAACAAGCAACAGUUUGUCAAAUGUGCACAACACUCCUCCUCUUCAUCCCCCCAUCCUGUUUACCUACUUGAAAGCUUUUCAAAGGACUUCUGUGUAUGUCGUUCGUUAGCGAGGGGAUGAGGUGGAGGGAGUACAAAUAGCGGGCGCCAUCAUAAGGUCACCCACAAAAGGAUAAAGCUCACAAGAGGAAGGUCAUAGUGGAUCAGUGCGUGCAGACAUGCCUCGCAAAUUCUUACUGUUACUCUCACUUUGGCUUUUGUUGCCAUGCUGUGAUGCUGGAAGACAGAUGCCUAAACUUUCUGCUAGAAAACUCUGCGCUGACUCGGAAUGUAGCUAUGCUAUCCUGAUAGCGCGCGCCGUGCAGGAUUAUUUCCCGGCCGACUGCAGGUUCAUCUCUAUCAGACAGGGGCAGCUUGUUUAUGUCUACGCCAUGCUACAGGACACGGGCAACCUCUUCUGGGCGGGCAGUGUUCAGGAUUCCUAUUACGGGGGACAGGAGGCUAGGAUUGGUCACUUUCCCAGCUCUGUAGUGGAAGAAGUUCAAGCUCUGGAACAGGCUAACACUGAAGUGAAGACGACUAAAUGGGACUUUUACUGUAACUGAAAUGGGUUCCAUCAAGAAAGAGAGUGCCAUUUUGUCAGUUUACAUUACUUCAUCAGCAUAAUCGAAUUGAAAGUUGUUCUUGUUGUUGUUUGCAUUUUUAUAGAACCAUAUUGAGAGCUGUCCCAAAAAGCUGAUCUUAGAUUCUUCGGCAAAGAGUAAAUAAUGCUUGCUUUUCUCAUACAGCACUUUAUUAAAUCAUUGUCAUCGUGGCAUGAAAAAAUGCCACAAACAAGAUUAGGCAGAUGAACAAGAUAUUGACCAAUUAAAACCAUCGGACUCUUGUACAGUAGGUGGCGAUAUGCACCUGAUAGUUGCUUGCAAUCUGCCAUUAAGCUAUGUUUAGGCGUUUUUGAGCUUGUUUGCACUUCUGUUUACAGUGCAGUCAAUCUUAUUGCUUGUUUUUUCCAUUCUGCACAGUUUUGAAUAAAACUGAGCAGUCAAAGA